ACCAACUUAUCUUUUUGUACAACUUGGAGGUCUCGGAACGGGUUGGAUGCCUUCUUCGCAGGCCUGAGCCUGGACAAGGCUUGCUCGCCAUGCCAUCGUGCUUUCCUCUUUACGCUAGCAUCAAGCACAUGUUGCAGAAUCCUGGCUUCAUGAAAGAGGGGGGGAAACUAGGCUUCUACUGUCGAUAUCCAUACUUGCACACAAAACCCAAAACCCAAAACCUCAUGCCUUACGAACUAAAAGGCAUCGAUAUAAUAUUGUCUAUAGCCUCUUUCGCUCUCGUGGUCUUAAAGCGAUAGCAGGGCCUCUGCUCAAUUGUCCUGCAAUGAAAAAAAGACUUGAACACAUGGAUGAGCACGAAUAUGAGCUCCAGAGGGAUGACUAUGACGAGGAUCCAAUCGAAAACAUUCGUCUGGCAGGUUUUCCCCGGCCAAUAGAAAUGGAGAUAUUAUUGGAGUUUAAGCACGAAGGCCACCUCCAAGAUUUCCCUGGUUUUGAAUGGUGGAAGGAGAGGAGGGACAAUGCUAGUAGAGUAGGCGUGAAGUUCCAUCCACUCAGAUUUUGCGAGACCAGCCCGGAGUCCACGAACGGAAUGGAACGAAUGGCAACGGAGUUAGGAGAAACUUGCAUCUGGGAUAAGGUCCACGACGUCAAGUGGGUGAACACGCCGGUUAAAGGAACUGGGGAGCUGGCGCUCAUAAACUUACCGGAAAUCGAUCGAGAAACCUUGGGAGAGUCUAACGACAAAGAACGGGAAAUAGAAAGGCAUAAUUCUCAUGUGGUUAUGAUCGUGUGGGUCCCAGAAUUCCGUAAGAGAAAUCUUACGGGAGCAUAAUCUGAAGGGAGAUGCGAACUGGGAGGAGCAGCUUUCUUGGACGGUUCUUCUUUGCUCCGAAAUGUGUGGAACAAUGAAUCACAACACGCCUGGUUGACUAGCAGCUAGGGAUCCUCAAGAACUCAGUGCCUUUCGUUGUUGCCGCCUUGAUUUACGUAGAAUAUUCGAGGCGAUCGGUUCUUGUAGCAGUAGUUUCGGGAUUUAGCGACACAGCCUAUAUUUCGGGUAAUCUCCAGGCUCUUCCUCCAAUUCAGCGCAUGCGCGCUAAAAUUUUGC